AAGAACUCACAAAACGGACCAACGGGAGGUUCCCACUUCCAAACCAUGAAAUGGAGUCCUCUGUUUAAAUCUCAAACUAGGGCUUUUCACAGUAGCAAAGGCGGGAAACCAAGGGGAGAGGGACAAUAAGACAGAUCAAGGAUAGGGAAGAGAACGAGAGAACACCUCAAGUGGUGAAAAUGAGCGACCAUUCCGAUCCCUCUUCAGAAACCCUAGACCUUGACGCCAUUCGCAGUCGAAUUACGGAACUGAGAGAAAUCUACGGAAGUUCAAACGACGUCCCAGAAGAAAUGACCCUUUCUGAUUCGGAGGAACUGCUCAAAGACUGUGCUCUUCAGCUCACGAGCAAAAUAAAUCAGGUUCUGUCCGAGUAUUCCGACGAUGGGGCUCUGGCGGUUGAUGAUUUAGAUGCAUAUUUGGGACAAUUAAAGGAGGAUCUUAAUUCCGUGGAGGUUCAAAAUGCCAAAAUAUCCAGUGAAAUUGAGGAUCUUAUGGAGACGUAUGUAGAAGAUUCUCAUCGAUUGGAGAGUGAGCUUGAAGGGUUGUACUGUUCAUUGGACUCUAUUGCUUCCCAAGGUAUUGAGAAAGUAAAAGCUGAUGGACGUGCUGAUUGCCCUGCACAUGGGGAGGGGGAAUUGUCAUAUGCAAAGGAAGAUUACAAGUUUAAGAUGUUGGAACUUAGUCACCAGAUCGAGAAGAACAAAAUAACUCUAAAAUCGUUGCAGGAUCUUGAUUGCACUUUGAAAAGGUAUGAAGCCGUAGAAAAGAUUGAGGAUGCAUUGACAGGUCUUAAAGUAAUGGAAUUCGAGGGAAACCGCAUCAGGUUGACAUUGAGGACAUACAUUCGAACUUCAGAAAGCUUAUUGUCCCAACACAAAAUUGAGGAUAUUACUGAGCCAUUGGAACGCAAUCAUGAAUUGGUUAUAGAAGUUUUGGAAGGGACAUUGGAGCUAAAGAGUGUGGAGAUUUUCCCAAAUGAUGUAUACAUUGGUGAACUGAUUGAUGCAACAAAAUCUUUCAGGCAUUUCUUUUCAACUAUGUCAAUGCUGGAGAUGAGGUCUCCAUUGGAGUGGUUUGUAAGAAGAGUUCAAGAUAGAAUUGUUCUCUGCACACUAAGGCGAUUGCUGGUGAAGUUUGCAAAUAAGUCAAGGCACUCCUUCGAGUAUAUAGACAGGGAUGAGAUAAUAGUUGCUCAUAUGGUGGGAGGAGUUGAUGCUUUCAUUAAGAUGUCUCAAGGUUGGCCAGUAUCAAACAACGCUCUCAAGCUGAUAUCACUCAAGAGCUCAAGUCAGUAUUCGAAGGAAAUUUCAUUGAGCUUUCUCUGCAAAGUUGAGAUGUUUGUUUUUCCUGUUUUCCCAUUUUCCUACCAUUACCAGGAACUGGCAAACUCGUUGGAUGCGCAAAUCCGACAAAAUAUUUCAAGCUUUGUGGAUGCUGUUGAAAAAAUACUCAUGCAGCAAACGCGAGCAGAACUCCAGUCUGAUAAUAAUUCUGAGAGUUGACUACUUCUACAUACCAGAGCAAUGGUGGUUUCUCUAUUGGUAAUAGUAACCGGUAUAAUUUGAACUAUAUUUUCUGUGUGCAUUCUAUAUAAGGUUAGUCGUUGAUGUUCAUGAGCUCAUAAAGACUUUUAACUGGAUGCUCGUACAUCCUACCCAUGUGUGGUUGUCUGAGAAGAAUCACUGCAUUCAUCAAUAUCCAAUUUGAAAUUAUUAUUUUUUUGAAA